GUUUCUAAAUAUAGAAGAUUCUAGAGCAGAGGCAGCCUACCUCAACUUGAAUUCUAGAAUAAUCAAGGUAACUCAUAUUGAGGGAAUGUUCAUUCUCCCAGUGUGGAUGGAGUCCCAGAGGUCACCUACUUGUAUGAACAUGUCACAGAAGACAAUAUUACAUAUGGACAAUAUUAAAUAUAUAAAACCUCCAGGAGAUUAAGCAUGAACCUGGUCACCUCUGAACCAAUGGGCUACCAGGGACAGCGGCCUUGCAGCAAUCUGAAGAGAGAUCCUGAUGACAAAGAAUCUCUGGUUUCUGAACAUAAACAAAAAGAAAAGGGACAUUGUCGUCAGUUCUCUGCUAUUUUUAAUGUUGUCAACUCAAUCAUAGGAUCAGGAAUAAUAGGGUUACCGUACUCAAUGCAGCAAGCUGGUCUUCCUUUAGGGAUACUGCUUUUAUUGUGGGUCUCUUAUGUGACAGACUUUUCCCUUGUUUUAUUGAUAAAAGGAGGAUCCCUUUCUGGAACAGAUAGCUAUCAAUCUUUGGUCCAUAAGACAUUUGGCUUUCCAGGGUAUCUACUCCUCUCAUCUCUACAAUUUUUAUAUCCUUUCAUUGCUAUGAUUAGCUAUAACAUAAUAACAGGAGACACUCUAGGCAAAGUUUUUCAAAGAAUUCCUGGAGUUGAUCCUGGUAACUUUUUCAUUGGCCGCCAUUUCAUUAUUGGGCUCUCCACAGUUGCCUUUUCUCUUCCUUUAUCUCUGUAUCGUGACAUAGCCAAGCUGGGAAAGGCAUCCCUUAUUUCUGCAGCUUUAACUGCAAUGAUCCUGAUAUUUGUAAUUGUUAGGGUAUUCACCCUAGGUCCAUUCAUAUCAAGAACAGAAGAUGCUUGGGUUUUUGCAAAGCCCAGUGCAAUUCAAGCGGUUGGCAUUAUGUCAUUCACAUUCAUCUGCCACCAUAACAGCUUCUUAGUUUAUGGUUCCCUGGAGGAACCCACAGUGGCUAAGUGGUCUCAGGUCAUUCAUGCAUCAGUCAUGAUUUCUGCAUUUAUCAGUGUGCUGUUUGCUACCUCUGGUUAUCUGACAUUUACUGGCCACACACAAGGAGAUUUGUUUGAAAAUUAUUGCAGAAAUGAUGACCUAGUUAACUUUGGACGAUUUUGUUAUGGAAUCACUGUCAUUUUGACUUAUCCAAUCGAAUGCUUCGUGACCAGAGAGGUAAUUGCCAAUGUUUUCUUUGGUGGGAACCUUUCAAAAAUUUCCCAUGUUUUGGUGACAGCAGUCAUCAUUACUAUGGCCACACUAGUGUCAUUGAUGGUUGAUUGCCUCGGGAUUGUGCUAGAGUUCAAUGGUGUCCUCUGUGCAACUCCACUUAUUUUUGUUAUCCCAUCCGCUUGUUAUCUGAAGCUGUCUGAAGAAAGAUGGAUCCACCCAGAUAAGAUUAUGGCCAGCGUGUUGCUUCUUAAUGGUGUGGUUGUGAUGGUAGUUGGAUUUGUCAUGGCAGUUCGGCAUCCCCAAGAUUGCAGCCAUGGGCAGGAAAUAGUCUAUUGCUUUCCCACAAAUGUCUCUUUUUUCAAUAUGUCAUCUUUUCUUGAACCAAUAACACAAACUCCUGUUUUGAAUAUUAGUACUGUCUAGUGAUUUAGUUGCUAAUAAAAAUAUAAUAAUAUUAUGUUUUCAUGUGACCUAUAAGUUUUGAGCUGCAUAAUUGUAUUCCUCUCUGUUUCUCUUACUCUUGGUUCAGGAGAUACCCUUGAUACCCUAGCCUUUAUUCAUAUUUCACUUUCUUUUCUAUCGUGAGGCCGCGCCCGUGAUUUGAAGAAGGAAGCAAAUUUGGUUGGAGUUUUAUUUUGCAGUAGGACACACAUCUUUAAAUGACUGCUAAAGAUAGAGUGAGAAGUCUAGUCUUUAAAAUCUACUAGCUCCUCCUAAAU